AGGCUCGUUAGCGGCAACGUUACAAAACAUGUUUGGUAACAGGCGUGUUGUGUGGAAAAGCGGGUUUGACUGAAGCACAAACCCCGCACACAGUUAUAAAACGCUCAUGUUAGGAGAAUUGCUCUUUGAAUAAAGUUAGAUAGCAGCAGCGGUGACGUGUCCUUUUUUCCGGUUUCGGGUUGCAUAACAGCCGAGUGUGUUCCAAUAACGAUGCCAGAGGGACCGGAGCUGCACCUGGCCGGCCUUUUUGUCAACAAAAUGUGCGAGGGGGUGCUGUUUGCUGGGCCAGUGACAAAGUCCGAGGUCAGCAAAAGUCCAGACGUGGCAUUCGCCUGCGAGGCGUACCGCAUCAGCGCCACUUCCAGAGGGAAGGAAGUGAAGCUCAUGCUGACGCCAAUUAAGUGUGAUGACACAAAGGCCAAAAAGACACAGCAGCCCAUGGAUAUUGUCUUUCGCUUUGGCAUGUCGGGGUUUUUCCGCUUCACCGCGGAGGAUGAGCUCCCCAAGCAUGCCCAUCUGUGCUUUUAUACCAAAGACAAGCCUUGCAGAGUGCUCAGCUAUGUGGACGCACGCAGGUUUGGCAGCUGGCAGCCACACGGGACCUGGCAGUCUGACAGAGGACCCUGCAUCAUGUUUGAGUAUAAAAGCUUCAGGAAGAACGUGGUGUCUAACCUGUCUGACCGCGCCUUCGACAGGCCCAUCUGUGAAGUCCUGCUCAACCAAAAGUACUUCAAUGGCAUCGGCAACUAUCUCAGGGCUGAAAUCCUUUACAGGUUAAACAUCCCACCCUUCGUGCCUGCCCGUGCUGUGCUUGAAGGCCUUGAGUCAGAGGAUGCUUGUGAAGACGAGAAGCCUGUGAUGAUUGAGACCUUGAACAAAAAGACUGUAAAGACAGCUAAAAAGAUCACUGUGAAAGAUGAGAGUGCUGACCUGCUCAGGAUGUGUCACACAGUUCCACUGGAGGUGGUCCAUUUAGGUGGAAAAGGCUAUGAUCCGGAGAAGGCGGACCACUCUGACUUUGAGGCCUGGCUGCAGUGUUACUAUGUGGACGGAAUGAAGUCGAUACGAGACCACAAUGGCAGGACUAUGUGGUUCAAAGGCGAUCCAGGCCCCAUGGCCCCUAAAGAUUUUAAAUCACUAAAGACGAAAAAGAGAACAAAAAAAGAUGACCAUGAUUACAACGACAAGAAAAAGGGGGCUAGGACACAAUCUGAAAGCACAGGGAAGAAAAAAACGGUCAAAAAGGAAAUCAAAGCGGCAAAGAUAGAAAAGGAUGUGCCUAAAAAAAAUGCCACACCCCGUAGAACUGUAAAACACGAAUCACCUGCACGGAGGAAAAUGACAGACAACAAGCCAGCAGAAGGUUCUCAGAGGCGGAGCGGUAGACUGGGAAGACAAAAUGUUCAGUAAAAACAAAAAGGAAGACAUCACUGUUUUGAAAUACUGCUUUUAUUCCUUUAUAUUUUAAUAAAACUAUUUUUAACAAAAGUUCGUUGGAAUAUUUUAAAUAAAGUACCACCAAAAAUUACACCAUUCAUCCACAAAUUUGACUGCAGUAUUAUACUGUCGCUCUUAAUUAUUAAUGUUGAGUUAGCCAUAUCGUACCAAACAGCCUUGACAGAGAUGAGUGGACUGAAUGACUGAAGGUGAGGCUAAUUUGCAUAAGCAAUCACGCUAACUUGGCACUGCCUUCAUUAUUUCAUGAUGUGGUUUUCAUCAAACUUUUUUGUACAGAGUUGUCGUUGGAAUAUUUUAAAGUACAAUGCAAAAUUACAUAAUUCAUUCACACAAUUCACCAGGUUCAUUCUAUUCCUUUUCAUUAUCACAUCACAAUAUUAUGCAUUAACAACAAGCAGAAUUGAUCUGACUUGAAAAGGGCUGAAGUUAAGAGUGAUUCCAUCUGCAGUCACACGUACAGGCUCUGCAGUGUCUGUUUGCUCUAGAAGAUUACAACUGAAAGGGAAAACACUGUAUUCAACAUAUCUAUAUUUUUACUACGUAUUAAAAAUGGAAGAGAGCCAUCCGAGGUCACUUACUGCCAGGCCUCCUUGACCGGAAGCGUCGAGCGGAGGGUCGCUAUCACGCUGCCGCCGUGAGCUUCAUACAGUCUGACCACAAGGGCUCCCUUUCUGUCCUCAGCCUGUUGUGUUACAUGACAAUCAGCGGGCCGAGCACUCACUUCUCACAGGCCAAGUUGAACAUUAAAUGAAUAUUAAAUACCUGUUUUACUGUCUCCAGGAUAACACUGGCAGGGCUGACGGAAAAGGCACUCCAUGGGGCCGUUUCCGGGGAGCACGGCGUUAACCUCAAAGGGAAGUUGAGGUUGUAUGCGCACUGGAUGACUGCGGCAUCUUGGAAGGAGCCUAUAAUGCAAAAUAUGUUAACACUGAAGCUUUAAAAGAGCAAAACUCAAAAAGGAAAAAAAAAAAAAAAAGAACCUGUGUGUGGCAUGACUGCAUAGGUAAAAUAAUGUGUCCCCAUAUCAGCGUUGGCAUCUGGAGCCUUAGGUGCCCUCAACCUAAGACAAAGAUGUAGAAGCAUCAUACAAUGAUUCAAUCUGAAGAAGACGAAGCAUGAUUUCAUACAAGCUGUGCAUGGCCUCACAGAGAGAGUGUCAUUGUGUUCUUAUGGACCGAAUAGCCAUAUUUGCAGUCAUUGAGCAGAGCCACUCCAAAAUUGUGCUCUGACAAAUCAGCCCAUUUGUGACCCCAAACCUGAGAAGAGAAGGACCACAAUUCGGCAUACUUAAAUUAAACUAGUUCGUGUUUUGCCAUGGUAUAUCUACAAAGGUGUUGGGACAACCCUCUUAGUUGGUUAAUUAUUCAAUCAGAGGAUUGGAUUGGAUACUAAUUUAGACUAAUAAAGACUAUGUACAAUUGUAUGCUUCAAACUUUUCAGAAGGCCAAGAUUUUAUCCCAUUUUUACUUCCUGUCAGUAUAAUGUUAUAUGUCCCAAUGAGUUUGUCAAUAUUGUGCAUUCAUGUGUACCAUACUUCAAAUCUGGCCCAGUCCCAUGAUGUAUUCCUGUGCGUGGGUCUCUGCAGAUGCCCAAACUGGAUCUCAUAUGUUGCGUUGGGGCUGUGCACUCGCACUGGGAAUUCAACCUUUAGAAACUUGUGUGAUUCAGCCCAGUUCACCUGGGAACAUACGUAACACUAUUUCUAACCUGAAGACACAUUGUCUAAUAUACAGGGUUGUCUACAAAGUCUCUUUACAAUUGCAAAAAUGUAUAACACAAGCAGUUCAAAAGUUAUGUUAAUCAGAUUUGUUUUAUGUACACAGUCAGUGGUUAUUGCAUUUGUGUAUUUCAGGUACCCUGUUAAUAAAAUACUUUCUGUUACAUAAACCCUAAAAUAAUGGUUACGACCCGAGAAAAGGCACGAUGUGUCAAUAAAAUGGGAUAUGCAGACACACAGGGAAGACAUCCAUGGUUUGGUCAAUUCGUUCAUGGCACAAGACAUUUACAGAGAGAUUUGUCAAAUUAUAACAAGACUUAAUGAGCACCCUGUAGAGUUCCCAAGUGUUAGCUUCAAGUCCAUCUAUGUCCAAUGAGAGGGUGUACCUGCGUGGUGAACUUAACGUAGGGACACAUGGCGUCCAUCACGAUCUCCUGCGUGACUGUGCUCUUGUCACUGAUCCUUAGUGUGAAGCCAACACUUCCUCUGAGCUCAUGUGAUGACAGCACAUGGGCAGGCUGCAGCACCUCCACCACGGGAAGUCUGUGGUAGGUCAGUUUACUUUUUGAGGUCACUGAGAAUGACACAGGCAAGUAGGUGUAAUAGCAAUGACUCGCACCUUGUCUGAAGAUGGUAGUCCAUUACAUCCCAAGCGUCCCAGUACAGAGGUACAUCAUCAAAUAUGACAAACUGGUUACCGCUGGAGCCAUCUGGAAUUGCUUCCCUGAAACAGCAUUGCGAGAAAGAGGCAAAAUGUAGCUGAAAAUACCACUUUUUUUGUUUUUUGCUUCAGAGCGUCCCAUACUGAUGUAAGUGUAAUUUACUUUCAAGUCACAUUUUUUGGUAAACACUGGAGCUAAAACGCAUUUCUUUAUUUGCAACCUCCGCAGUUCUUCAUCCUCUGUUUACAUGGUUGCUCCAAAGCUAAACUAUGAUCAACACUGUUACUCUACACAAUUGUGAAUAUGCAGAGGCGAGCGCGAGUGGGCUUCCCCAACCCCUCAUCACCCGCCCACACUAUUAGCUCGUACCGCGUAUUUGUAGUGACCUGUAAAAAUGGAUUCAGUAUUGAUAUGUUGCUUAUGUUUUACAUGAAAUUUACAAAUAGUGAAGAACUAUCAACAUUUUUCAUUUUCUUGGUGUGGCCAAAUGUAUUUGACAGUUACAAUUCAAUCACAGACUUCCACUGCCUACUAGUAACCAUAAGCAAGUGUAAUUAUUAAUUAAGUGAUUUGAACAGGAAAUACUGACCAUAAAACAGAGACUGCAAAAUGUAAACUAAUCAAUUUUAAUUAGUAACGUGACAAGUGGCUGCCAUCUUUGGGUAAUUUUCUAAAAAAAAAAAGCUCCACAACAAAUAAAUUGACCAAAAAAACAAUUGAUUAUUAAAGUACAUUAUUAUAUUUCCCAAACUGCUCUUCUCAUGCAUAAUAUUACAUUUAAUCAAAUUUAAGUUGAGUUUUUAGGGAAAGUUACACCGUUUGACACGUCGCAGUCAUUCCGACGCUUCGACCUUGAGAACUCCUCCGGAAUUUCGGCCUUUACGAGCUUAUUGGUGGUUACUUUUAGUUGAAACUUGUCAGCCAAUCGGAACCAAAGUGUCGCAGAGAAAAGUUAUCAAGUUAUACUGUUUGAAGGCAUUUUUGGACCAGAUUUUCUAUUGGCGAUAUGACGCAAAAACAUUCUUUUUUUUUCUUCCCCAAAGCCUGCACAUCAAGCAGGAGAGGGAUGAAAGAGGCACGGGUUGCCAAGGACAGUUACUCAGAUAUUCAUAUUUCAAAUUAUGUCAAUUUCUUCGAACACCCUGUACAAUUCAAAAGCACUAAAUCCAUUAGAAACUUAACAAAGAUGGUCAGAUGCUUAGAUGUGCUAAAUACUUACGUGUACACAUCUCUGAUAUCAUUACCCCGUUGGCACCAACGCUAGUGAUAUAGAUUCUAAUUGUACUUCCAAUCAAAAAAAUGUGGUUAAUUAUAUUAUUCAUCACAACAUUGUUCAUCUCACUUGGUCUUUGCUAUACUUGUUUGGUUCACGUCCACCGUGAACCAGCAGCCCUUUGUUAGGCACUGUUUCCGCUUCUAUGUUUAUAUAUUAAUGAUGUAAAUCUUCUGUUCUAACCAGUGGGUGAUUAGUUUUAGGAGGUAGGUAAUGAGUUCCUCAACCAUGAAGCCAAUGAGACAAGGGCAAGUGUUUCUCCUUAUAGUUCGUUAAUUAGGAACCAAAACACACCAAUGAUAGUGUAAAAUCCAUCCAUGGAAUCUUGUCGUUGUCAUAUGGCUGCAUGACACUGACUGUUACUCUCAACUCUUUGCUGCACUGACA